AGAGAGCGCGCGACCGGCCGCCACUGGUCCGAAGUUAUACACAGUACGCCGUCAUUGGGAGAACGUCACUCACCGAGAACGGACGAGUAUUUUCGAUCUGUGCCGAACGUGUGUGUACGGGGCCAGCACAAACCGAUACUACUAUCCACUCACCUCACCUCGCUUCAGUCAAACUGUCGCCACGCGUUCAGUCGACUGCUGCUUGUGCGUGUGAGAGUGUGUGUUAAAAAAAAAGUGUUUAAGUGUUUGUUUCUAACUGAUUGAUUGAAUUAAGUUUUAAACCACUACUACGGUGACAAUAUAUUCGUUGUAACGAGUCAGCAUGGCAGAGACGGUUCUUCGACGGAUAGCGGCGCAUGGACGGGUGGUUCUAGCGCGGACCAGACGCGCUACCUGUGUUAACAAUUCGUGCAGUGUUUUCACCGAGGCCACGGACACUGACGAUAUCCAUCUCAGCGGGGUCAAGGAGGGGACGCACCCCAAAACACUCGCCGAGAUGCCCGGUCCCCCAGGACUGCCCUUCCUAGGCACUCUACCGGAAUAUGCACGGAAAGCUAACCAAGGGCAGUUCCACGAAGUACAGAGGCGGUUCCAUCACAAAUAUGGGAAGAUUUUCAAAGAACCCUUCGGAUCAGUGACCAACGUGUCAGUGGCGGACCCGUCAAUGGUGGAGGAGAUUCUUCGAGCCGAGGGGAAGUACCCCCUCCGACCGCCCUACGAGUCGUGGGUGCUCUACAACAAAAUGAGGAACCGAACGGGCGGAAUAAUGACGGCUGACGGUGAACAAUGGCGCCGGUGUCGGAGUGCGAUGAACUCGAAGCUGAACCGACCCAAGUGUAUCGGCGAGUACGUGGACGGCAUCAACACUGUGGUGACGUCACUCGUCGAAAGGUUGCGCUACUUGAAGAACAACUCGAGCGAAGGCGGCUUCGUGCCUCAGCUUCCGAACGAAAUCAACAAGUUUACAAUGGAAGCGCUUGUUUGGGUGAUUCUUGAGAUGCGCCUUGGUUGCCUGGAUACGACAGUACCUCCUCAGAUACAAGAGUUCAUCACCUCGGUAACGAAAAUGUUUUUGACUGGUUCCAAGCUCGUCGCUUACGCCAACAUUCAGAAGAUGCUCAGGACCAAAGUGUGGAAGGAACACGUGAAAUCCUGGGAUGUCAUCCACAACAUAGCGUCCGAAUACAUCAACUCGAAGAUGGUGGAGGUGGAGAGCAGGCUGUCGGCGGGGAUACCGGAGGGUGAGAGGGUGGACUUCCUCACCCACCUGAUGGCCGGCAACAAGAUGACGAAGGAAGAGAUCACGAACAACAUUAUUGAGAUCCUCAUGGGGGGAGUCGACACAGCGGCGAACUCCAUGUCGUUCCUAUUCUACUCCCUGGCCAAGCACUCUGGCGUACAGAAGAAACUCCAGACCGAGGUGGACAACCUGCUGGGAGGGCGGCCCGCCAACUACGAGGACCUGCAGAGCAUGCCCUACCUCAAGGCCGUCGUCAAGGAGACGCUCAGGAUGUACCCGCCCAUCCCCGUGAACGCCCGCAUCAUGCAGGACGACAUCACGAUAGACAACUACACAGUUCCUAAAGGAACAUGCAUUUUACUGAACAACUACACGAUGUCACGAGACGCGACGAUAUUCAACGAGCCGGAAUCGUUCAUACCAGAGAGGUGGUUGAGAGAAGAGUCGAGACACUGGCAUCCGUUCUCCGCGAUUCCCUUCGGCUACGGAGCAAGAGCUUGUAUUGGUCGUCGUUUGGCAGAAACGGAAAUGUACCUGGCAACGAUACAGAUUUGCCAGAACUUCUCGUUGGUGCUGAGCGACAAGUUCGACAUCACUCCGAGUGUUCGCACGCAGCUGACACCCGGACCAGAGCUGCCCAUCCAGCUAGAGGAGCGAUAAGACAGGGAGAGGAAAUCACCAACACAAACAAGGACAAAAUGGCGAUACGCUUCGCAUGUGACAAUCAGUUCGUAAAUUACACCACGAAGAGAAAUGGAUGCCUGAUCCAGUAAAACUGCUAUUCGUGCCAUAUUUGAGAAAUGGUGGGAAUAUGGGCAAUAUUUCGUUCUACCACUAGAAGGAUUUUCAACAAAUAUGGAUGACGAACAGAAAGAAAACAAAAACACCACAAAAACUGUUUGAAAAGCAAAACAAAACAAAACAAACUCACGACGUUCUCAGGGUUAUGGUCAGACUUCACACUAUACUGUACCCUCAAUAUCUAUGACGAAAUCGUGACGUCAUGUAUAUAAGAAUGACGUCACGUGACCUUUUUUUUUUUUUUUUUUUUUUACUCAAGUUUGUGCAUAUUCACGAAGACCCAUAUAUGGCAAUAAGUAAUUUAUUCAGUGUUUUUCUUGUGAACAAUAUGUUGGAGGGUGCAGUGUCAGACUUUUACGUUUUAACCACCACGAUCUGUAGGCCGACGGACAAUGAUACCAAAGAAAGGGUGGUCAGAAUUGGAGUAACGGGUAUGUGUGCUACUAAUUAUGUGCAAAAUGACAAUAUUCUCUCUCUCAAUAUAUAUAUAUAUAUUAUACGUGUAAGUACAAGUAGAAUAAUAGAUGUACAGUGGCGAUGGCCGGAGUUGGCCAAUGCCGCGAGUUGUUUUCUUUGAGAUGUACAUUUUGUUUCUUCAUCAUUCUACCUCCAGAACUUGAACAAGUUUUAAUAUAGAUAUUCUUGCGUUAUCAGUGUUAACACAGGGUCGAACGGCAGUUAACGAAACAUGUGAAAUGGUGGGGAUACACUAUA